AUGUUCAUACCCAAGGAGUCUUGUAAGGAGACUACGUGGACAUCCGAAAAUCGAAUUGAGAUGAAAAGGCAGCCUGGAAACGAGUACAUUAACGCGUAUAUUCCCGUUAUCAACGCACUCUUUAAGUGCAAUCAUGACAUCAAGUUUUUGAGUGCUGGGGAAGGACCUGAAAAAGCUUACUACACGAUGAAGUACUCGACCAAGGACCAGAAUGACAUCGAAAACCCCUGGGUUUGCACUUAA